AUGUCGGCCCGCCCACGCCGUGCGACGCGCCGCCAGGCCAUCGUCGACUCAUCCGACGACGAUGAGAUCGCAAACACCACCGUAAAGAGAGAGGAAGAGAGCGAGGAAGAGUUCGCCCCCGAACCAUCAAAAAGCCCAGUGCGCCGACCAACACGCGCCCGCAAGAGCGCUGCCCCCUCAUCAACGCCUGCUCCAACAGCGCCUCGCCGCCGCGGCAGACCUAAGAAGAAUGCCGACACUACCGUGGCCGAGGAGGCCACGAAGCUUGAGGAGGAUGCUUCGGUUGCAGAUGUAACGUCCAUCGCAGAGGCGCCUUCAGCAGUGGAGGAACCAUCGAUGGCGGACGAGACAUCCAUUGCCGAAGACCCCUCGGCGCAUGACAUCGCUCCCUCAAUAGAGCCUAGCGAAAUCUUCGACCCCGACCAAACUAUUAGCAAGAAAGAGCCGCCAUCCUCAGCAAGAAAGCCGUCUCCCAGAAAGCCCAGGAUGAGCGCUGCGCCUAGAGCUUCCACCAAGUCUGCGACACCAGCAUCCAUACGCAAGCCAUCCGCUACUCCCGAGCCCUCCCGGGUCCAUGCAGAGCCUCUCGCCGACAUCACAGCUUCUUCAGUCAACGAGCAGAGACCGGUUGCAGACGAGACGCAGGCCACCUUCAAGCCUGUACGCGCGAUGGACACCGUCAUGGAGAAGCCGAUGGACAUUGUCUUGAAGUCGCGCACCCUGACCGUGCCGGUGGUCGAGGACACAACUCCCAAGCCUCGCCUGGUCAUCUCCUACCUGAUUCUUACCAACUUCAAGAGUUAUGCUGGUCGUCAGGAAGUCGGUCCUUUCCAUGGAUCAUUCUCCUCCGUUGUUGGCCCUAACGGUUCUGGAAAGUCCAACGUUAUUGACUCCCUCUUGUUCGUCUUUGGCUUCCGUGCAAGCAAGAUGCGUCAGGGCAAGCUUUCUGCCUUGAUUCACAAUUCAGCCCAGCACCCGAAUUUGGACCAUUGCGAGGUCUCUGUGCACUUCAGAGAAGUCAUGGAUCAGCCCGGUGGUGGACAUGAAGUCAUUCCCGAUUCCGAUCUCAUCAUUUCCCGCAAAGCCUUCAAGAACAACUCUAGCACAUACUACAUCAACGGCAAAGCCUCCAACUUCACCACAGUCACCACCCUCCUUCGCGACCGCGGCAUCGACCUUGACCACAAACGUUUCCUGAUUCUGCAGGGUGAGGUCGAGUCCAUCGCCCAGAUGAAGCCGAAGGCUGCCAACGAACAUGACGACGGUCUUCUCGAAUACCUGGAGGACAUCAUCGGCACUUCAAAGUACAAGACGCCUAUUGAGGAAUCCGCCACCGAGGUUGAGACUCUCAAUGAAAUCUGCAUGGAGAAGAGUGGUCGCGUUCAACACGUUGAGAAGGAGAAGAACGGCCUCGAAGACAAGAAGAACAAGGCUAUUGCAUACAUCCGCGACGAGAACGAGCUCACAACAAAGAAGUCUGCGCUGUACCAACUCUACAUUGGCGAGUGCAACGACAACGUUGCUGUUACUGAGGAAGCAAUCAGUCAGAUGCAGGCGCAGCUCGACGAUGAGUUGGAGAAGCAUCAUGGCGGCGAAAAGGUCAUCAAGGAGCUCCAGAAGUCAUACUCUCGUGGAAGCAAGGAGUUUGAGGCGCAAGCGAAAGAAACCGAGGCUCUUGUUAAGGAGAUGGCCAAGUUUGAGCAAGAGCGCGUCAAGUUUGACGAGAAGAAGAAGUUCCUCAACGACAAGCAGAAGAAGCUGGACAAGACCAUCGCCAACGCCGAAAAGUCCGCUACUGAAGCAGACGAGACCAUCGCCCAAUGCGCGGAGGAGAUUGAGACCCGCGCACAAGAAAUCGCAUCACUCGAAAUCAGAGUGCAAGAAGAGGAGGCGGAGCUCGCGACUAUUCGUGAGGGCCUCAAGGGCAAGACUCAAAAGUUCUCCGACCAGAUUGCAGUCAAGCAAAAGUCAUUGGAGCCCUGGAAGGAGAAGAUCAACCAGAAGCAAUCAGCCAUCGCUGUUGCAGAGAGCGAGAUGAACAUCCUCGAGGAGAAGGCCAACGCUGGUGCUGUGGCCAUUUCUGAAACGGAGGCAAAGAUUGCUGCCAUUGAGGAUGCUCGCGCUGCCAAGACUGAGGAGCUCAAAGAGUGCCAGGCCGAGAAGGCCAAGCUGGAGGAAGAGAGAAAGGAGGCUGAGCACGAGUUGACACGAUUCAAUGCCCACGAACCCAAGAUUCGCGCAAAGGUGUCUAACGCCAGACAGAAGGCGGACGAGGCUCGCUCAAGUUUGUCUAAGACGCAGACUCAGGGCAACGUUCUCACCGCUCUGAUGCGCAUGCGCGAGUCCGGUCGUAUCGACGGGUUCCACGGAAGACUCGGCAACCUCGGCGCAAUUGACCAAAAGUACGAUGUGGCCAUUUCCACGGCCUGCGGUGCCCUCGACAACUUUGUCACCGACACCGUCGAAGCUGGUCAGCAAUGCAUUGAGUACCUUCGCAAGACCAACUUGGGUCGUGGUAACUUUAUGUGUUUGGACAAACUGAGAGUUCGAGACAUGAAUGCCAUCCAAACCCCCGAAAAUGCGCCUCGCCUCUUUGACCUAGUCAACCCCAAGGAGGAGAGGUUCCGCCCAGCAUUCUACCACGCCCUUCAAGAUACCCUUGUGGCCAACGACCUGGCUCAGGCCAACAGAAUCGCUUACGGUGCCAGGAGAUGGCGCGUGGUUACCUUGGCCGGCGAGCUGAUUGACAAGUCUGGUACCAUGUCUGGUGGUGGUACAACUGUCAAGCGAGGUCUGAUGUCUUCGAAGCUUGUUGCCGAGACUUCCAAGGAACAGGUCUCGAAGCUUGAGGAAGAUCGCGAUGUUCUCGAGGAGAAGUUUCAAGACUUCCAGGAGCAGCAGCGCGAGCUUGAGACAAGAGUCCGCGAACUCAAUGAUCAGAUCCCUAUGCUCGACACCAAGAUGCAGAAGAUCACUCUUGAGAUCGACAGCGCGGCUAGGAACUUGGCCGAUGCCCAUCGUCGCAUCAAGGAGUUGAGCAAGGAGCACCAACCCUCCGCCUCGGAUAAUAACCGCAUUGCGGCUCUUCGCAAGGAAAUUGCUAAGCUCAACAAGGAGGUUGAGAAGCUCCACGACGAGACAUCUGGAGUUGAGGAAGAGAUCAAGGCUUUGCAAGACAAGAUCAUGCAGGUUGGUGGUGAGAAGCUUCGCCUGCAAAAAGCCAACGUCGACUCUUUGAAAGAGGAGAUUGUCUCUCAAAACGAGGAGACAUCCAACGCCGAAGUUCGCAAGGUCAAGGCCGAGAAGCAAAAGACGAAGCUCGAGAGAGACCACGCCAAGGCCACCAAGGACAUUGAGGUGGCUAUUCGCGACCUUGAGAAGCUCGAGCAUGAGAUAGAAAACCAAGGCGAGAAGGCCGAGUCUCUUCGAGGCCAAGUCGACGAGGCCGAGGAGGGUUUGGCAGCUAAGAAACAAGAGCUGACAUCCGUCAAGGCCGAGCUCGAUGAGAAGACCGCCGAGUUGAAUGCUACUCGGGCCAGCGAGAUCGAGAUGCGCAACAAGCUUGAGGAGAACCAAAAGGUCCUGACUGAGAACCAAAAGAGACUCAUGUACUGGAACGACAAGCUGUCUAAGCUGGUGCUUCAGAACGUGGACGACCUGACCGGAACCUCUAACCCUGCACCCAAGGUCGCCCCUGCCCCGACAGCUGCUGAAGGAGAUGAUGACGCAGAAGCGGAUGGUGACAAGACAGUGACCCAGGACGCUGUCACUGGCGAGGACUCCCAGCCAUCCGCCGAAGCCGAGGAUGAGGACGAUGAGGAAGAGUCUGACGAGUCUCAGCUGCCAUCUCAACCAAGCAGUCAAGCACUCGAGCUGCCCGUUUACACUCCUGAUGAGCUUGCGGACAUGAGCAAGGAGAAACUGAAGGGCGAAAUCGCCGCUCUCGAGGAGAAGACACAAAACGUCAACGUCGAUCUCGGUGUUCUCGCCGAGUACCGUCGCCGUGUCGAGGAGCACGCCGCCCGCUCAUCCGACCUUCAGACCGCCGUCGACCAACGCGACGCAGCCAAGAAGCGCUGUGACGAACUCCGUCGCCUGCGUCUGGAGGGCUUCAUGGAAGGCUUCAGCACCAUCUCUCUCCGCCUCAAGGAGAUGUACCAAAUGAUUACAAUGGGUGGUAACGCCGAGCUUGAGUUGGUCGACUCCCUGGACCCCUUCAGCGAAGGUAUCCUCUUCAGUGUCAUGCCCCCGAAGAAGUCGUGGAAGAACAUCAGCAACUUGUCUGGUGGUGAGAAGACACUGAGCAGUUUGGCGCUUGUCUUUGCUCUGCACCACUACAAGCCAACGCCACUGUACGUCAUGGACGAGAUUGACGCUGCCUUGGACUUCAGAAACGUCUCAAUCGUUGCCAACUACAUCAAAGAGCGCACGAAGAACGCCCAGUUCAUUGUCAUUUCGCUCCGAAACAACAUGUUCGAGCUGGCUGCCCGUCUCGUUGGUGUCUACAAGGUGAAUCAUAUGACGAAGAGCGUGACGAUCGAGAACCAGGACUACAUCGUGCGGACACGGGUGCAGGGCCAUGGCCAAGGCCAGAUUCAGCAAGCCACGCAACAGACGACGAUGGCGCGAUGA